CUCUUAUUGCUGCCAUCUGUGUGGUGAUGCAAGGGCGGACCGGCCCGCGCUCGCCCCGCGCAGCGAGGAACACUAUUUGUCGAACAACAAUGUAACUACAGUCGUGGUCUUCGGCGUAGCGAGGAAUAAAAAACGCGUAAAUGUUUGAAUAAGUGAUACCGUGCUGCUACAUGCGCAACCAAAGGAAGCUUGGAUAGACAAGGAAAGACAUCAUGGACAAGUACACGGAGUUUGUCGCUGCCGUGCGGCGCGACAUUAAUUGCCUGUCGGACCGAGAUCGCAUGACCAAGAAGAACGGAUUGGUCCGGCUCGACAAGACCCUGCGCAAGGAAAGCGACCACACUCUAGUGAGUCGUCUUUUUGCGGAGGAGCUACACAAGCCCCUUCUCUCCUGCUUCGGCGACGGCAUGGAAAAAGUGCGCGAAGUGGCUUUGGGACUGACUAUGCAUCUAAUUGUCGAAACGAAGAUUGUCACUGGGGAGGUGAGUUCAGUUGUUUCGCUUUUUCUGUGCCGGUAAGAGGUUUCGCUUUUACUCUCCGCAGCACUGGUCGUGGUCACUCCAGCCUACAAUGGAUGCCAAUGGGGGGCCACAGCCAGCUGCACUUCUUAUGGUAUUACGACACAGAUUACUUGACGUUUUUUUUUUCACGGCAAGACAAAAUCAUCAUCUCGCGACGUCGCCAGGUGUUAAACGACGUCCUGCCCCUUCUCCUUGCUGCUCUGCUAGGCAGGUUCCGUGUGCUCCCAUUUCCUGAAAGCAGCGAGGAGCUCCGGUUUCGAUUUCUGGAGUGUCUCGUCGAGCUUACGAAGCUGCCCGGACUGGACGUAUCGCCCUACAGCCACGACCUUUUUGACGGUAAAAAUUAAGUUUUAAGGUUUGGUGCAGAACCGGAACAAUCAAACGCCGCGCUCGUCAGUCCUCUUCCUUCAUUCAUUUUUGCCCGACAGGCACACACGCAAUAUUUCAAGGCCUGAGAUUGAUGGGAUGAAACUGCUAAAAAUAAUAGUUUGUUCCUUCAUCGACUCAAAGGUUUGUCGAAGGCCCUCACGGAUUCCUUCCCAGAUGCAAAGAAGCAAGCUUGCGCUCUGAUUGCAGACCUCUGCAAGAUAAUCCCGCCCAACAAGGUACGUCUACUUCCAAAAAAGAUGAAUGGCCCUGAAUUUUUAUUGGCCACAGAAGCAAGAUGCCUUUCGGCGUUGCGACAUGGCAGAUAAUAUACGCAGAAGCAGCUGUUGACGCCUUAGGAGGGUACUAUUAAAUGAAAGAAAAAUUCCUGUUCAAAAGGUAGCGCGCUCAGGCAAGCUGUUGCUCCCGAACCUACUCGCAAACGUGCAGCACCAGCACUGGAAGGUGCGGAAGAGCUCCGUCGAGUGCCUGAUGUACCUGAUAUCGGCGAGUACGGAAAACUACACCAUGUUGGAAGAAAUCUUUCCUAUCUUGCACCAGCUUCUGAAUGAUCGGCACCCGACCGUGCGGCAUGCGCUUGCGCAGUUGCUGAUAAAACUGGUGUCAACGGGGCUAACCAGUCACUGGGCACAGGAGCGGAUCGACUUUGAGGCGGAAGAGGAGCAGCUGAUGCAAUUUGAUCGGUACGAGCACCGACUGCUCUACCUGCUCCUGAACAGCAUCGUAGACCAGGACGAAGUGCAUGUAGGGAAGCCGGCCCUCGAGGGGUUCACCGGGCUGGCAGAUCUCGCGAGCGAAUACUGGAAAAAAUCUGAGGUCAGGCGCCUUCGCCGGGCCAAGAACUUAUCAAAAGCAACAUUGAAUAAAUUUAGCUGAACCAUCAAAGUGAAAUUCUCGUACUUGUUCCAGCAGCCCGACUGGAAGACUGCAUGUAAAUCAAAUUUCCAGUGCUUAUCUUGUAUGAGUACUACUACGUCUCGCGUUUUUAUUCUACUUUUUGCCUAUAGAACUAACGAAGAAAAACGAGGAAAAGGCUACCACGGCAGCACAUUGGAGCAGUCACAAAUAGACCUUCAAUUAUUGUUUCGCGGGGCUAACAACGGGGAAUUUUUCUUGGUUUCAGUAGACAAUUUUGGUCCUGUUGAUAGAAGAUGGAGCGAGCGCAGGCUAAAGUCGAAGCGCAGCUGCAAGCCGAGCAGGUCGAGGGCGGAAGCACGGUCGCGAGCUCCAGCAGCAGUACGGAGGAGGAGGAUAUCGAUGCAGGUGAGAAACGAUAACAUGUAUUUUUCAUCACACUCAAGACAAAGGCACAGUUUUAUUUCGGAUUAUUCACUACUAGGAGUUGUAGUUGCUCUUAGCACUACGGUCCAGGCGAUUGUCUUGCAGAAUCUCUCGUUGCAGCGGCAAUUUCUGGGGUCUUUUUACAACAGAAGUCGUCGGUAUGAACAGAAAGCGGUUAUUUCUCCUCGCCCAGGCAUGACUAUCUGUGUCUCCGGUACAACUGCGUGUUGCCUUCUACAAAAUAGAGCACAUAAGGCAACCACGCGGAGCCAUCUUGCACGUCUGCUAGCAGCAGCAACGCAGAGACAAUCAAUCUUCAGCGAGAUGAAGCAACUGUUUUCUUGUCCCGCCAUAGCUGACGACCAUGGAAAUACGGAGGAAGAAUGGCAGUUUCCGGACUUUGAUUCCAUCAUCGACGCUAUUCUAGAUGAAAUCACCACCUUCACCCUCAAAUUUAUUUGUCAUACGUGCUAUGCAAAAUGACUUAUACGUAGUUUAGCAUUGCAAAUUGUUGAGGGCGAUCCAGUUGAUUUUUUAUUGGAAUAGACGCACACGCGUUGAACAGCAGCAACGUCAUGGAUUUGAAAUCCCACCUGCCUUCCGUGUUCCACGAUGCGAGCACGAGCGCAACGACGGUUCCCAACGCGCGCAUGUGCUUCUACGUGGCCCGGCACGCCGAGCGCCUGCUGCCCCAGUGCCUGGGUAAUUUGAUCCAGUGGACUUCCGACCUCCGCAUCGGCGCCGCCCGAUUGCUCAAGAUUUUCCUUGUGUUCCUGCACCGCAACGCAAAGGACAAGGUCGACACCAUUCUCGUGCACUUGUAUAAGGCCAUUGAGGACGAGGAUGCGGCCGUGCGAAAAAGCGUCGAAACCUGUGCGCAAAAUUUGAGCGUAUUUCUCCAGGACCCGGGGCUCAUCGUGGCGGCGGUAAGCUGCGCCUGCGUCUUAAUUUAAGUUUGAUAAAACCACAACUUCCACUUGCUACACUUGCUGCUUUUACUGCUACCCGCCGCGCUAGCUGCAAUACUACGUGCUUUCUUGCCGUCGCUCCCUAGAAGUACCAAAUUGCGCAUCAUGCGCUAAUAUUAAACGAGGGACGCGCAACAUCUACUAAAAACACCUCAGAUGUCAAAGCACUUGAACGUGAAUCUGUCUUCGUCCGCAUACCUUCCAGACAAGCAAGCCGCACAACAUUGGGACGGCCAGAACGAUGAAUAUUGGGGUGAAACGACGGUGAACCGCGCCAAAGUGCGCGUCUCCUCAUCUUCCGAAAAAAACAAGGAAAAGCCCUUUGUGGCAAUUUCAGUGGAGAACAAGCGGCAAGUCCUGAAAAUACUAGCGCAGAUACUAACCGUAUUGUCUUUUUCAUUAUAGAAAAUUGUUGAGAUGGAUUUUGUAUCUGCAUCGGAAUAUUCCUGUCGUAGUUGGGUAAUAUCUGUGAUGUGAUCAACAUGACGUCGGUUCAAAAUGUUUAGGUUGUCACUUACGAAUCGUUGUCGGGCGAGAUUCUUUCCCAAGUGAUCCGUUUUCUGGAGGAAGCCACGACGCUGGACGAGCUGCUAGCCACGAUAGUCGAGUUGCUGGACGGGAUGCUCAUAGCAAAUUCAAAAUCUGCAAGUUCCAAAAAGAGAACUACGGCCUCUACUUCGUCCUCCUCAUCGUCUUCAUCGUCGUCAAGUGCCAAGCUUUCCGUGCAGCUCGUGGAGACGAGUGCGGAAAAGAAAAAGGCGUUGCAGGAGGAGUGGCCUCGGCUGUUCGACAUUUUGUUAAGGUGCAAGUCAAGCGUCGACCCGAUGGAACGGAACAGCAACCCCGAGGUGGCCCACAUUCUGGAAAAGUCGGACGCAGCUAUUCAAUACCUCGCGUCGGAGAUCUGCGGGUGCGACGUGCCGGACGUGUACCGGAUGCAUUUGUCCUCCCAGCUCGCGGUGCUGCUCGAGAACGCGGACCAGCAGCAGUGGCCGGAGCAGAGCCCGAAGCGGGCGAUCUUCGACUUGCUGGUCAAGAACAGCGUGCACGCCAUUUCGCCGGAGCACCUCGACCGCAUUGUGCCGGUGUUGGCGAAGCAAGCCUCGACUGCGCUGGGGGCACCGCGACACCAAGACGACGAAAAGGAGGCGCAGGGGGUGUCCGCUCGGGCCCGGGUCGACAUCCUGGGCAUACUGCACUUUCUGGUGAUCCAGUCGAAACAGCACGACGUCGUCAAGCAAGGACUCCAAAAGCACGCGCUUUUCUUGUUCGAGGAAAUGUUGAUGCCGAAUGCGUCCUGGCGGCCGGGACAGAGCCACAAUAAGAUACGGAAAGCCACGAUGGUCUGCAUUCACCAGUUUUUGGAACUCAAGCUCAUCUCCAUCGAGGACCUCAGCACGGUUUUUCCAGACGUAAGGGCGUUGAUGUUUUCCUUUUUCAUCUUGUGGUGCAGCAGAACACAACGAAAAUAUGAUUUUAGUUUGUGUUGUUUCACUUUUUUGAACUUUUUUCCUGUGUGCAUUUCACGUCGGGCAGUAGAAACUAACAGAAUACAGCACGGUGUCUGGGUGUGGGUGAUCUUCACGUAGUUGAUCUUCAAAUGUGAAAAGUUUCUGAUUUUUCACCAGAUGCUUCCGAUUUUGAAGACUUGCAUGGACGAUUCCUGGUCGCCCGACAAUCGCAUGGUCGCGACGCUAGUUGUCACGCUGGUUCUGAACACGUUGCCGGAGCAACAGAAGAUCCAGGACGAGCACCUUCGCGACCUGUACCCGGAACUCUUGAAACGGCUGGACGACAGCCAGGACGAGGUGCGAGUGGUCACGUGCAAGGCGUUCGUUUCCUUCUUCCGCGCCCUGCCCGAGAAGUGGUCGGCGAACUUGUAUCAGUACCUAUCCUGGCAAGAAAAUCAUCAACUACAUUUAUUGGACUCGCGGUCGUACUACUAGAGUUGUGCUGAAGUGCUGCAGGUUCUUUCCUUUGAUGUAUGCAGGACCGACAAGCUAGAGGCUUUUUGUCACCACACUUGAAAAAUCCGUAGUGCACCAACGACCUACAGCAGAGCAAGAAUCGCCGUGGCUAGUGGAGUUGCAUAAAGUACGUUCGAAUUUCAGCUUUGAGUUGAGAAAACUUUAAGCCAGGAUGCUCUAUUCUGACUUCGCUCUUCAUUCAUUUCGACGACCCGAACCCCAAGAUCCAGUUUGCCGUCCAGGAGUGCCUGGAGGCAGCGCUGCAUCACAACCUCGAGGUAUUCAUUCAGGAAGCCGAGAAGGCCUCGCCCAAGGCCGUGCAUGCGAAGCAACUGGAGGACCUGAUAGCGGUUGCAAAGAACUUGCAAGAGUGCGGUUGACCGUCACCGAAAUCAUAAUUGGACGCGUCGUGGUGCCUGACUUUCGUUCUCAGCGCCGCUUUGUCGUUCGUUUCCAGUUCAGAAGAUGAAGAUGCCUGAAAUGCUGGAUGCUAAGAAAGGACUUUAGACUUCUUUGUCAAGAAACGGAGUUAUCUGAAUGCGUGAGUAGAAGAGUUCUUCUGAUUGUCGAUGAAAGUAACGACAGCGACGCUAACAAACAUGUCUAGAUCUCUUGCAGCUUAAGCUUUGGAGGUUUUUCUUGAAGCCUAAAAUAUGAGACGAGAAGAAAUGCUGGGGUAUCUGAUUUCAUUUCAUUUUGAUUUCGGAACAACCCGGAAACUAGUCGACUGUCGUGUUCGCAGUGGAUUAUAUACCCAAACUAUACAGUAGCUCUGUGUUUUC